GGGGCCGGGCCUGUGGGGCGGCGCAGUGGGAUCGAUAUGGCGACCGAGGGGGACGUGGAGCUAGAGUUGGAGACUGAGACCAGCGGCCCGGAGAGGCCUCCAGAGAAGCCGCGGAAGCAUGACAGUGGGGCGGCGGACCUGGAACGAGUCACUGACUAUGCGGAAGAGAAGGAGAUCCAGAGUUCCAAUCUGGAGACGGCCAUGUCUGUGAUUGGAGAUAGAAGGUCCCGGGAGCAGAAAGCCAAACAGGAACGUGAGAAGGAACUGGCAAAAGUUACCAUCAAGAAGGAAGAUCUGGAGCUGAUAAUGACAGAGAUGGAGAUCUCCCGAGCAGCAGCAGAACGGAGCUUGAGGGAACACAUGGGCAACGUGGUAGAGGCUCUUAUUGCCCUAACCAACUGAUUUGUUUUCUCAGACCUACCCACUGGACUAACUUAUUUCAAUAAAGAUGUCCUUUUUUUAA